UGUUUGGAACAGUUCAGGAAGAAGAAGUAAUGGCGACGUCGGUGGGUGCCGAGUCCCCUCGGACUGGGUUAACCCGAAAAAGCCGAAGUAGGAAUAUUCUUUCCAGGAUUAGACAUGGUCAAAUUACUGGUCGGGGACUGAGCCGGGGGACACAGAUACCCGAGGCUCUGCUCCAAGAGAGGGACAAGCGAGCCAGAUGGCAUGGAAUCCCCGUACUGCUGCAGAGGCUGUACGAAAGCAGCCACCCCAACAGCGAUCUGUCUCAGACCCACGGAGUGGUGAAGGAAAUGUCAUCCUUGCUUUCCAUGGAAGCCAUGUCGUUUGUGACUGAGGACAGGAAGACGGCUCAAGAGUCGACCUUUCCCAACACGUACACGUUUGAUCUCUUUGGAGGUGUCGAUUUACUUGUGGAAAUCCUAAUGAGACCCACGCUCACAACACAGAAGAACAGCUCCAAAAUGAGUGAUGAUCUGGUGAAGGACUGUUUGAGUGUUCUAUACAACUGCUGUAUAUGUACGGAAGGGGUCACGAAAAGCCUUGCAUCGAGGAAUGACUUUGUUUUGUUUCUGUUCACACUGAUGACAAAUAAGAAGACCUUUCUGCAGACUGCCACACUCAUCGAAGACAUCCUAGGGGUCAAAAAGGAGAUGAUCCAACUGGAGGACAUCCCCAACCUGCCCACUCUGGUCCAGAGCUUCGACCAGCAGCAGCUUGCCAACUUCUGCCGCAUCCUGUCCGUCACCAUCUCCGAGCCCGACGUGGGCAACGAUGACAAGCACACCCUCCUCGCAAAGAACGCCCAGCAGAAGAAGAACGCCAGCCCCUCACGCGCAGAAGUCAACCAAGUGACUCUCCUCAACAUACCCGGCUUUAUUGAGAGACUGUGCAAGUUGGCCACUCGGAAGGUGUCAGAAGCCACGGGCACCUCCAACUUCCUGCAGGAGCUGGAGGACUGGUACACUUGGCUGGACAACGCCCUGGUGCUGGACGCCCUCAUGCAGAUGGCCACAGAGGAGGCGGAGCACAGCAGCACAGAAUCAUCUGAUGAGAGCAGCCUGGCGACCAGCCCACUGAGACACCGGCUCCCGCAGUCCAUGAAGAUUGUGCAUGAGAUCAUGUACAAGGUGGAGGUGCUGUACGUCCUCUGUGUGCUGCUCAUGGGUCGGCAGAGAAACCAGGUGCACAAAAUGUUGGCCGAGUUCCGGCUUAUCCCGGGACUCAACAACCUCUUCGACAAGCUCAUCUGGAGGAAGCAGACGUCCAACCACGUCCUGCACGGGCAGAACCAGAACUGCGACUGCAGCCCGGAAAUUUCCUUCAAAAUCCAGUUUUUGAGGCUGCUCCAGAGCUUCAGCGACCACCACGAGAACAAGUACCUGCUUCUGAACAGCCAGGAGCUGAAUGAGCUAAGCGCCAUCUCUCUGAAGGCCAACAUCCCUGAGGUGGAGGCUCUGGUCAAUACCGACAGGAGUCUGGUUUGUGAUGGUAAGAAGGGUCUCCUGACUCGGCUCCUGGCAGUGAUGAAGAGGGAACCAGCGGACUCCUCCUUCAGGUUCUGGCAGGCCAGGGCGGUAGAGAGCUUCCUCAGAGGAGCCACCUCCUACGCCGACCAGGUGUUCCUCCUGAAGAGGGGCCUGCUGGAGCACAUUCUGUUCUGCAUCAUUGACAGCGGCUGCAAGUCUCGGGACGUGCUCCAGAGCUAUUUCGAUCUCCUCGGGGAGCUCAUGAAGUUCAACAUCGAUGCCUUCCGGAGGUUCAACAAAUAUGUCAACACAGAGGAGAAGUUUCAAAUCUUCUUGAAUCAGAUCAACAGCUCCUUGGUGGACUCCAACAUGCUGGUGCGAUGCAUCGUUUUGUCCCUGGACAGAUUCGAGAACCAAACGGAAGACGUGAAAGUGGUGGAAGUGCUGUCGGAGUGCUGUCUGCUGUCAUACAUGUCCCGAGUGGAGAACAGGCUCUCCUUCCUCUUCCGGCUUGUCAACAUCAUUAAUGUGCAAACGCUCACACAGGAGAAUGUCAGCUGCCUGAACACCAGCCUGGUGGUUCUCAUGCUGGCGCGAAGGAAAGGCAAGCUGCCCUUCUACCUGAACGCCCUGAGGGAGAAGGAGUAUGCCGAGAAGUACCCCGGCUGCCUGCUCAACAACUUCCACAACCUGCUGCGCUUCUGGCAGCGCCAUUACCUCAAUAAGGAUAAGGACAGCACCUGUCUGGAGAACAGCUCCUGCAUCUCCUUCAGCUACUGGAAGGAGACCGUGUCCGUGCUGCUGAGCCCGGACCGGGUUUCGCUGUGUGCCAUAGCCAGCUACAUCGACGAGGCAUUCAUGGAUCUGGACAGAGACCUCCUGGAGGUUUAAAGGCAGCACUGGGACGGAGGGAGACGAGGGGUGAGGAGGGCUGCCGAUACCCACAGACUAUACCACAGAGGGCAUGUCCUAGGAGACGCUCAUUCAGGGAUCCAUCCGUGUACAGUGCUGUGUGUGUGAGAUUGGACGAGCAGAAUGUCAGAUCAUUGCAGGUGUGCGGGGAAACUCCAGCAGUCAUUAACUGAAGGCUCUUUAUUUUUAUUUCCCCCUCCCCUCUCUCUGGCUUUGGGGGACACCAGACAGGCGCAGGAAAGAAAAUAUGUUGUGUAAACACCCCAGCCAAAAUCUUCCUGGGAUAAGCAAUGGUUCUUCAAAGCUUUUCUGUCAGUGGUUUUCAUGAGAUGAAAUCAAAUAAAGCAUAUAUAGAGUAUAUAGCUAAUCUGUAUGUUUAAAGAUUGUGUUUAGUCUCUGAAAAACCUUGAGGCAUCAGUUAAGGACUGCAGUUUUAAAGGUUGUGGGCCCCUUAUCAAAAAUGAAAUCACUGAAUUUUGCCAUGACCUUAGAUCACAUGCAUCCUGCUCAUGCUUGAUCUGGAUUCUGUGCAGAUCUAGCAGUCCUUACUGUUCGCAUCAGUGUCCGUUACACACAGACACUGGAAGAGGGGGGUUGGGGGGUGCUGGUCACAAGCGAGCGCUCCAUUUGCUUGGCUGAAAGGUCACCAUCAGCUGAGCUGUCCUUUCUAAGGAGUGUUUCUUCAUGUCUAUUCAUAUGAACAGUGCUAGCGCGGGAUGCUGGCUUCAGCUGGUAUUCCUCCCCACAUCCAACCCUUCAUCCUUCAUCAGUACUAGGAGGCCUACACCCUACAUCUGCUAGGACAUCUGGGCAGGGGAUGGGCGUGGGGUGCAACACUUUUCCUUUGUUUUUCUUUUUUUUUUCUGGGUUUUGUGAUACUGUAUGUUGGCUCUCAAUUCUUAAUUAUUUUAAAAAUACAAAGCAUGGAAUUUGCAAAUUUAGGUCUUAUGUUGUUAAUGAUCACCUUUUUUAAUGCUAAGAAGGACACCUCUGUAAAGUCCUAGGCAGUGUGAGAAAAUAGAAAAUAAACUAUGCAGGUUGUGGCAUUUAUCUCACCAAUAUUUGUACUCCUAACCUUUCCAGUGCUCUGUCACUGGAAAUUAUUUGUCAUCUGUGUGAUUGUUUCCCAGCUGUCCACUUAUCUGGCUUCUACAUGAUCUUUCCCCUCCUCACAGCAGUGCCUCAUACCUCUUCUAUCUGAUUGGAUGGAGCAGGGAGGAGGAGUCUCACUGCAGGGCCUGUGCCUGCUUUUGCCAGAAUGUGUAGACGUUACCAAGGAAACAGAUGCUCAAUUGAGCAAUCUGCUUCCGAAGCACGUCUUUGAUCUAUAUCACUCAGUUGUGCUGGAGCUCCCUAGAUGGCCCGAGUAACCCUUUGGAGAAAUUCAACGACAAAAAACAAACUAUGGUUUGAGCUACCUCAUUUUUUCAACCCAGCACCAUCCACCUUGUACUGCCAUUCUCAUACAUAGGGUUGCAAUAAAUCAAGCUUUUCAACCAUGAUCAAGUAAUGUUGUCAAAUCCAUUUUUACACACCUGGGGCUGGUUGUACCAACUGGACAUACUCGUGUGGCUUAAGGUUGCGUCUGACCUGGAACAAGGUUAAUGUUUUGGGUUAUUAUAAUUUAUCACUUGUUAGACAUGUGUUUUGUACACCUAGACACAAACUUUACAUUUAUUAAUAGUAGCGUAGUGCUACAUGACAAUAUCCGUUAGAUGGGUAAAAUGGAAAAUUGACACUGCAGGUUUUGGUGCAAGUAGCAAAAAUUGCGGUAUUGAAAAACUGGGGCAUGUAUAAUUAUUAAAGCUACUGGAUCAUGUGCUUCUGUCUGUCCACAACCUACACAGUGCCAUUUCUGCCAGUGAUUUCCUCCAAACUGCGCAAGCUUCCAGACAGGCUUGUCUGUGGCAUGUAGUAUGCAGUUGGAAUCUUGAUUGUUAAAUGUAAACAGGCAUGCUAUUUUCCAUUGGAAGAGGUAAAGUGACAUUUGCUAGGCUUAUGAAAAUGAGCUGGGCUUAUGAAAAUGAGUGGCUUGCUGACAAACUAUUUGUCAUGGAAACCUGCCUUUCUGUGCUGAGCAGCUUUCUCAUCAACUCUGUCAUGUUGGCAGUGGCCGUUUUCUCAUGAAUUUCCAGACAUUUGGUGAUGAGAGGUUACCUUUGGGGGGGAGGUAAAUAAACCAACAAACAUUUACUGAAGUGACUCCUUUCUUGUAGUUAUAUAGUUACUCGAAUUCUGAUACAAAACUGCACUGUAUAUGCUCUUUUAAAAUAUACUUCUAAUCGGAAAAAUAACUUGAAAGAACAGUGCCAGCACCUGUUGGAUGACUUUUUGCCAAAUGUGUUUUUUGGUAGAUUCGCUGUUGCUAUAUGUUGUCCUGUUUAGUUUCCAGGGUGUUUUGCUAAUUUAUUUAUGAAGCAUUAAUUUGCUUCUUUGCUAUGUAGCAGGUUAAUGCACACAGCACUGUUUACGUAGUUCACUUGGACUCUAUAGCAUUGUUUUGGUUUGUGUCAGGUUAUGCACAUGGGUAUGUGUUACUUAAGCUUGAUAUAAAAUGUUUAUCUUGGACUUAAGUGUCUCAAGCCGUUGUUGGCAACAGUUUUUAAAGUGGGAUCGAACAGUCAGACAUACCAUUUCCUAACUUCGCACUUAUAACCGACUUUAAUUUUUAAUUUUAAUUUUAUGCCCAGUUAGUGCAACCAGCCCUAGGAACCCCAAACAUGGGUGAUUCAUAAAUUCAUAAAAUCGCCCUACACAUUGAAAAGUGGAAAUGUAUUUUCUCCUAAGUCUAUGAAUAUUUCCAUGACCUCAAGGGGUCUCAAGUGAACUGAAAUGUUGUCUUAUUGCUGCUGCUUCUUUUCUUUUCCCCAGUCUUGUCACUAUGCAUGCAACAUUCUGGUGUGUCGGUGAUGUGGCUUCUUUGCGGAGGUUGUAGGGAGUUUACAGUUGGAGAAGCUGGAAUUAUUUGUCCAUGCAGGUGUCUGUGCCCAAAUUAUCUCCGCAAACCAGGCCAACAGUAUCUCUGCCAUAAUGAGCAUCGAACAUCACCCGGAGUGUUGCAUUCUUUUUCCCUUGGGCUCCAAGGUGAUCUGUUUAAAGUCUAUUUUGUGACAGAAAGAUGGCUUAAAAGGGCAUCUAGGAUUACUCUCUGGGAGGGGUAAUCUAACCCAGAGACUGUGUUUGGUUGAAGUGUACCAAGCCUUUAUAAUUCAUAGUUGUAAAGGCCAUUUUGGUGCAAGCGUGGUACACUUUUCUUAGAUUUCACUUCUAGUUGUUAUUAUUAAUAACUAGAAUAUAGUUCUGAUCAACUUUCAAAAUAACAAUUCUUAGUAAUCUAUAGAUGUAAAAUAAUGAUAGGAUGCACUAGUUACAAUUAAGAUAAAUGACUGCUUUUAAACAGAUCUCCUGAUAUGGGAAUGGACUUAUUUUUUUCUUUCUCCUUGCUGAAUGCUUAGUCAGUUUAUACACUACAUAUUUUAAAAUAUGCGGUACUAGACUAACCGUCAGACUUGCUUAGUGAGUCUUCUUUAGGUAUGAAGAAUAGAAUUUUCCUACAGCCAUCACCCAAAGUCUUACCAGACUGCUGAGAAAUAUUUUAAAGAUUUUAUUCCUUGGAUUUGGAGACUUGAGUUUUAUUAUUGAGUGAUCACCUGGCUACAAAAAUAUCAAUUUGGAUGUUAUUUUUGCAUAUGUCUUGUCUAGGCUUAAAAGUUAACUAAUUUUUAAUAUAUUCAGCUUCAAACUAGCAAGCUUUUAACCAUUGCUACAAAUUGUACUAUAUUGACCCACACUGUCAUUUGUAGUAUACCUAUCGAAUGGUAUAUUUUAGUCCAGAUAGUUCAACAGUGAAUUGUCAAUGCAGUUGUUUAUGCUCAAAAUCUUUUUUGUGUUCAUAUAUUGUACAAUGGCAAUGAUCUAAAUAUUGAAUCCGAUGAGUUUCUCUCCUGUACCCAUUUUAAAUCUUCGAUCUUAACGUAGCUCUUGUUAGCGAUCACCCUGAGACCCGGGCAAUGCUGGUGCUAAACGCUUCGCAUCUGAUUGUAACUGACCUUUCUCUUUCAAUAGGUACUUGACAAUAGACAGAUGGAGGUAUCUCUUUUGUGAGUUUAAUUAGCAGAAAAUUUAUGGCAGUAGAAAUUUGUUGCAACAGUUUUUCAGUUUCCUUUGUACAGCGAUGUCCGAUUGUGCAUUGAUUAUGAUUUAGUGAUUUUAAUUGAGUUUGUGAAUAUGGCACAAACUAGAAUAUAGCUACUGCACCCGAAAAGUGUCUUAUAUAUGCAGCAAUCACCAGCCAGUAGUUUCCCCAAGCACCAGUGUGUGUCAGUAACACACUCAUCUGCGUUCAACACACACAGACUACCACUCUUAACCAACCAUGCCCUGCUAGUGAACGGUUUUAAUGCGCACCCACAAUUUUUGUUCUUUUUCCCCCUCUGUAUUUGGGUUUGGAUUUAAUUUACUAUUUAACUGUUAUUGUUUGUAAAUUGAAAAAAUAAAUGGUCACAACUUUAA